GGUUUUUUUUUUUUUUUUUUUUUUGGCCCCUCAACACAUUUAUUUUUUUUUUGGCCAUUAUGAACCGUCCGGCCCCCGUGGAAAUUACUUACGAAAAUCUGCGUUUCCUGAUCACUCACAACCCAACCAAUGCAACCCUCAGCAAGUUCAUCGAGGAGCUGAAGAAAUACGGGGUGACAACUUUGGUGCGAGUUUGUGAUGCCACUUAUGAUCAAGCUCCAAUUGAGAAAGAAGGAAUCCAAGUUCUUGACUGGCCAUUUGAUGAUGGAGCUCCACCCCCAAGUCAGAUUGUGGAGGAUUGGCUGAACCUUCUGAAAACCAAAUUUCGGGAGGAGCCCGGGUGCUGCGUGGCCGUUCACUGCGUGGCUGGGCUGGGCAGGUCAGAGCCUUCAAAUCCCACUAAAAUCUCAUUGGCUCUCAUUGAAUGUGGAAUGAAGUACGAGGAUGCAGUUCAGUUUAUAAGGCAGAAAAGGAGGGGAGCUUUCAAUUCCAAGCAGCUGCUUUACCUGGAGAAAUACAGACCCAAAAUGAGAUUACGCUGCAAAGAUGCCAACGGUCACUGCUGUGUUCAAUAAAUAAAUAAACACCAAAAAACCCCCCAAAUAUUUGAGAUAUUCAUCUCAAAAAAAAAAAAAAAAA